AUGACGAUGCAAGCCUCAGUAACUUCUCGUAAGUGGCAACGGAAGACCGGGAGCAUCAUAUCAGCGGUGCUCCCGCCGUUGAACUUCCUGACGCUACACUAUUUUUAUUUCAUCGCUACGUGUAUCAUCACCAGUGUCAUUUUCUAUUUAACAUCCACGCCAUGGCGCAGCGUCGCUUAUGUGGAUGCAAUUUUCAUGUGCGUCAGCGCUAUGACCGGUGCUGGGCUGAAUACGGUGGAUCUGUCGACUUUGAACACCUUCCAGCAAGCAGUGUUAUUCUCGCUGCUUAUCCUGGGUCAUGCCAUUCUCAUCUCCCUCACGGUACUCCUAGUACGCAAGAGGGCCUUUGAGGCAAAGUUCAAGGGUGUCUCCGAUGAGCGCGAAAGAGAGCGCUCUACUCGUCGCACCUCGGCUGUUGAGAUUGAACUACAGCCUGCGGACCAGGAACCCGCCCAGGGAAGCACGGGGACUGAUGUUCUGACAGAAAUCCCGGAAGGACAGGGCUGUAAACCACGCCCAAAAACAUCCGUACUGGUCAAGGAAGCCUCGGGAGAACCAUCAUGCCGUCCAGAACAUACAUGGGUUGAUGAUGAUCAAAUAACCGUGGGCGGCACUUCCCCCCGCCUUCACCAGCACCGAGUCUUCCCAAUGGCCGGCAUUGGGGCGAGACCGGAUCUCAAUAAUCAUCCUCGUGACGCAGCGCCGAAUGUGCCGCCGUUUGAAGAAGACUCGGUGUCUGGCUUCAAGAGUAUUCUCCGCGGCACACAGAAGUACAUGGCCUCAAAGGGGCUGGUCUCCCGCAACUCCCAGUUCCACGACCUCACUGCGGCCGAGCGCGAGGAACUGGGUGGUGUAGAGUACAAGGCUGUUUCGUUCCUGUCCGUGAUCGUGUUCCUUUACUUUAUCUUGUUUAUUCUCUUCGGUAUGAUCGGUGUCGGUGGCUGGCUGGAGGUCAAUGAUCCCGCCGUAACCCGCACGAACGGCCUUUCGCCUUUCUGGACAGGGGCUUUCUUCGCUGUUUCGGCUUUUGUGAACAGUGGCAUGUCGCUUCUCGAUGCUAACAUGACUGCUUUGCAAUUGAACGCUUAUCCACUUAUUACAAUGGGAUUGCUCAUUCUGGCUGGAAAUACUCUGUUCCCAUGUUUCCUGCGGUUCAUCAUCUGGACUAUGAGGAUCAUGCUUCCGGACCGACCGAAAUGGCAGUCAUGGCGCAUAACCCUCGAUUUCAUCCUGCAGCAUCCCCGAAGGGUCUACACCAAUCUCUUCCCUGCUCGCCAUACGUGGUACCUACUCGGCACCAUCAUCAUUCUGAAUGGCAUCGACUGGGCAGCAUUCGAACUUCUAUCAAUUGGAAACGAGGAUAUCGAGAGCCUCCCAACUGGAUAUCGCGUAUUGGACGGACUGUUUCAAGCCUUAGCGGUACGCGCUGGUGGUUUCUACGUUGUCACAAUCGCCGAUCUUCGCCAAGGACUUUUGGUUCUUUAUGUGCUCAUGAUGUACGUCUCUGCGUACCCAGUAACGCUCACUAUGCGCAACACAAAUGUCUACGAGGAGCGUUCGCUAGGAAUCUACGCGCACGAUGAAACCUCUGAUUCUCCAGCAAACACCAGCCGCAUUAACGUAGCAAUGGAUCUCAUCCGCAACCACCUCGGCCGUCCAGGCCCCUCAGAGACUUCACGCGGUUACUUCGUCCACCAGCAGCUCCGCUCCCAGCUUAGCCAUGAUCUGUGGUGGAUAGCGCUGGCGGUGUUCUUCAUCGCCAUCGCUGAGUCGGACCACUAUGAAUCUCAGCCUGUGGCGUUCUCGACAUUCAAUAUCAUCUUUGAGGUUGUUUCUGCCUACGGGUGUGUCGGUGUCAGUCUUGGGUUCCCCGGGAAGAACUACUCGUUCUGUGGUGCGUGGCAUACUAUUAGCAAGUUGAUUCUUGCUGCUGUUUGUUUACGUGGUAGGCAUCGUGGUUUGCCGGUUGCUAUCGACAAGGCUAUUAUGUUGCCUAGUGAGUCUUUGGCGUGGGCUGAGGAGGAGGAUGCUGCUUUGCGGAGGGAUAGGGCUAGGUCUUGGGCGCAGGAGCGUGGCCCUGUUGGGGCUGUUUAG